AUGGCUGGUGAUCAAAUCAUGCAUGCACAACCUGAAGUUUUAGCUAUUGAUGAAACCAAUAACUAUUUGAACAAUAAAUUAUGGAAGUUAUGUGCCGGACCUCUGUUUGAUACUCCAAAAAUUGGAGAUAAGCUAGUUGCCUCUAUGGACGACGAACUUUGUCAACUAAAACCAAUUUUUGAUAUUCCUUCAAAAAUUUGUUGUAAUGUUUUUAGUAUCAAACUUAAGGUAGAGACCAAUACUAAUGAAAUUUAUGCAGAAGUUUCUUUGUUGCCUGAUACAUCUGAUGUUGAAAUCCCUAUUCCCAAAACCGAAAACAAUAUACAAAACAUUAACUAUUUCACCAAGGUGUUAAGUGCUUCUGAUACCAGCACAAAUGGUGGUUUUGUUUUGUAUAAAAGACAUGCCAUUGAAUGUCUUCCCCUGUUGGAUGUGUCUCAGCUAACCCCAAGUCAAGAGAUAAUUGCUAAAGAUAUCCAUGGUCAUGAAUGGAGUUUUAAACACACUUUAAGAGGUACACCAAAAAAACAUCUUUUCACAUCUGGUUGGAAUGAGUUUGCAAAAGGAAAAAAAUUGGUUGCUGGAGACUCUUUUGUGUUCCUUCGAGGAGAGAAUGGAGAAUCGCGAGUUGGUAUCACUAAAGCAGCUCAUCAGCAACGCAACAUACAAACAUCUUUAAUUUCAAAACAGAGUAUGCACCAUAGUGUGGUUGCUACUGCACUGAAUGCUAUUGAAAACAAAUGUAUGUUCGUUGUGUUCUAUAAGCCAAGGUCGAGCCAAUUCAUUGUCAAUUUCGAUAAAUUUGUAGAUAGAGUGAAUAAUAAGUUUAAUAUAGGCUCCAAAUUUUCGAUGAAGUUCGAUGGAAAAGAUCUAAAUGAAAUAAGAUACAAUGGAACAGUAGUGGGAGUGAGAGAUUUCUCCGAUCAUUGGAAGGAUUCAGAAUGGCGAAGUCUAGAAGUGCAAUGGGAUGAAGCUGCAACAAUUCCAAGACCUGAUAAGGUAUCUCCAUGGGAGAUUGAGCUGUUAACACAUUCAUCAAAUAUUUUCAAGUCAGAUACUCUAAAACAUAAACGUCAACUCGAAAAACAUAAACGUCAACUCGAAGUACAUGAGUUCGGUACAAAAAUGUGGGUUCCUACAAUCUACAAUGAGCGAAUGGUUCAAGCAAUGAAAGAACCGUCAACCACAACCGCAACUACUAGCUGCAGACUGUUUGGAGUUGAUCUAAUGGUUCCCGCUAUAACAAAGGAUCCAGUGGAACCUAUUGUCUCAAACAAAAAAUGUAAGAUUUCUAAAAUAUUUGAAGACGAAAAGGUUGACCAUGUCCAAGCUACAAGUCGUACUAAGGUUCAUAUGGAAGGUGUCAUAGAAAGGACUGUAGAUUUAACUAUAUUUGAUGGAUACAAUCAGUUGAUCGAUGAACUAGAAAGACUCUUUGAUAUCAAAGGCGAGUUGCAUAUGCACAAUCAAUGGAAAAUGUUUUUCAUAUAUAAUGAUGGAGAUAUGAUGAUUCUUGGAGACGAUCCCUGGCCAAAAUUUUGCAAUAUGGCUAAGGAAAUAUUCAUCUGUUCGAAAGAGGAUGUCAAGAUAGGGAUAGCAAAUAACAGAUUCUCCGAAGGUGAUCCAGCAUUAACAACAACAAUCUUACCACCAGAUGUCAACAACACUUAG